GCGGAGCUCGAUAUAAUGGCAAGAACCAAGCAGACCGCCCGUAAAUCUACUGGUGGGAAGGCCCCCAGGAAGCAGCUGGCUACUAAGGCUGCUCGUAAGAGCGCCCCGGCCACCGGCGGUGUGAAGAAGCCUCACCGUUACAGGCCUGGCACUGUGGCUCUGAGAGAGAUCCGCCGUUAUCAGAAGUCCACAGAGCUGCUGAUCAGAAAGUUGCCUUUUCAGCGCUUGGUGCGGGAGAUCGCUCAGGAUUUCAAGACCGAUCUCCGCUUCCAGAGCUCCGCCGUCAUGGCCCUGCAAGAGGCUAGCGAGGCGUACCUGGUGGGUCUGUUCGAGGACACGAACCUGUGCGCCAUCCACGCCAAGAGAGUCACCAUCAUGCCUAAAGACAUCCAGCUGGCCCGCCGUAUCCGCGGAGAGCGAUGUUUUGUGUGUGGUCAUCCUCUAGUCCAUCAUCAGAUUAUUUUCAGGAGGAAUUUAUUAAAUUUCUCAGAUUGUAACAUCUUGACUGAUUGCUGACAUUAUUCAAGAUGGGAAUAAAUAUACACUGAUCAGUUAUACAUUUGUACCUUUUCUAGUUCUUCUACAAUCGUACCUUUUUCUAGUUCUUUUUUUUUUCUUCCAUACAGCAAAAGUAAGUACGCUCACAAAAAAAGAACAGCAGCGGACCUUAACGUCAUGGCGAGAACUAAGCAGACCGCCCGUAAGUCCACCGGUGGCAAAGCCCCAAGAAAGCAGCUGGCUACCAAAGCUGCUCGUAAGAGUGCUCCGGCCACCGGCGGCGUCAAGAAGCCUCACCGUUACAGGCCUGGUACCGUCGCGCUCAGGGAGAUCCGCCGCUAUCAGAAAUCCACGGAGUUGCUGAUCCGUAAGCUGCCGUUCCAGCGCCUUGUGCGGGAGAUCGCUCAGGAUUUCAAGACCGAUCUUCGCUUCCAGAGCUCUGCCGUCAUGGCCCUGCAGGAGGCUAGCGAGGCGUACCUGGUGGGUCUGUUCGAGGACACGAACUUGUGCGCCAUCCACGCCAAGAGAGUCACCAUCAUGCCUAAGGAUAUCCAGCUGGCCCGCCGUAUCCGCGGAGAGCGCGCUUAG